CACCUACAUUAGUGUAUCUAAAUUCAACCAAGUGCCCACAUCACUUUUCUCACGCUCGUUCCAGCUACUUUGCGGAGUGACUGAAGAGAAAGAGCUAAUCAUUAUUUUUGCUUCGAAUCAAACCGACAAAAAGACCUCGACGAUCCGUGACCACAUUGCAGUAAUUGAAAAACUGUAGAGCAGGUUUGUUGUGUUACUUGGUUUGCUCUCUAAAAGUUAGGAACUCGACGCGCAACAACAACAAGCAUGCAUCAUUCUGCCGUUUCGAUUCUCGUUUUGACUAUCUUAGGCUCUAAUGUUGCCCUAUUAAGUGCGGACACCACCAGAAUUAAAGUUGACGUGUACUAUGAACACCUGUGUCCAGACAGCAUUCGUUGGGUGAGCAAUCAGCUGGCGCCGAAUUACGACGCGUUGCGCGAAUCCAUCGUUAUCGAGUUUAUCCCAUUUGGAAAGUCGCGGAGCAUCAACAACGGUGAACAAUUCGAGUGCCAGCAUGGUCCACUGGAGUGCGAAGGGAAUAGAAUUCAGUCUUGCGUUUUACACCAGAUACCCGACCAAGAUCGUCAGGUCUCGUACGUUGCUUGUCAGAUGAAUUUCAAUGCCGACCCACAGGGAUGGGAGUGUGCAUUCCGUUCUGGUAUCGACCUCAACACGCUUCAGACCUGCGUUGAAGGAACUCUAGGAACACAACUUCAGCUGGAGGCAGAGCGCCGCACGAAGCAAAUUGCUCCAUCGUUUGUUCCAACUAUUGUUCUCAAUGGGCAAUUCAAUCAGUCUGUGCAGGAUCGCGCCUUCAAAGAUUUUCUUGGUCUUAUGUGCGAUAUGACUAACAACAACUUGGCAGUCUGCUAGUGAAUACAAACGGGAAAUAUGCAACGACGUAACCAUCGUAAGCAUGCAAAAACUGAUUCACACAUGUGUCAUACAGAAAAUAUGGCAUAAAAAUAAACAUUCUGUAA